CGCGGGGCCGGGGGCUGCAGUCUCAGCCCCCCCGGACCAAUGCAAACGAAGCGCCUAGCCAGCAAACCAGCUCCCACUGCCCCUCCCUCCCCGCAAAGAGUGGCGGAGAGCGGACGGGGCGGGGGGUGGGGGGAGACCGAGGGGCGCAGAUGUGGGCCCCCCAGCCAGCGAUGUGCACCCGUAAGUCGAGCGGGCGUUGGUUACCCUUCGGAGCCCCCCUUCGAUGCCCGAAAUCCCCAGAAGUCGUCUGCAAGCGCUUCCCCGCUACCCACCCCAGAGAGGGCUCGGGGUCCUGGCUGGGGGCAGGCCGAACCUUCGGAGCUGCUUCUGGACCCCGCGCACUGACUGAACCGAAGGGGCUGCGCGCCCGGGAGAGCUGGGGAUACGAGGCCAUCGUCCACCCUCUCCCCCAAACCGCCACACGCCAAGCUUUGUGCCCCAGGGAGCGGAAAGUAACCAGCUCCGGGAGGCGACAACAUAGAGGCAAGGGCGAUGGGAAGGGGCAGGGGUCCCCGCGCACCCCAGGGAAAUGGGGGUACUGGACCCUCCAGGAAGCACCCUUUGGCCUCCUGAGGUCGGGAGCAUCCCCGGCGCCCGCAGCCCAGCGAGUCGCCGAGCGCUCGGGCCAUGAGCCCCGCCGGCGGGCCUGGCCGCUUUGUCCCGGCCGUCCGGGAGAUGCUGCCGCGCGCGGGUUGGACACAGAGGUUCAUCUGCCUGGGAAGAGCUGGCGGCCGCUGCCAGGCAGCCCAACUUGGAGCCCUGGGCUGCAGGCACCGCGUGUGCGGGCGGGAAGUUCCCACAGUUGCAAAGAGGGAGCGAAGUAUGUGUUCCAAACUUUCCACGGUUCCAAACUGAGCGCUUCCAUUAAGAAAAGCGGUGUGCGGGGGAAAAGCAUUCUGGGUAUUAGCAUGCAAAUGAACGGGCCAGGCUUCCAGGUCCGCUCGGGAUUCCCACCGCCGCGCGCCCUGCUUGCGCAGAGCCACGCGUGCCCACGGGUUCCGGGGGUGGCGCCGCGGGAGGACCAGAGUUCGAAUUCGACACCUGUGCUCUCUGGUUGAGUGUUUUGGUGACGGUCACUUGGCCUCUCUGAGCCUUAGUUAAACACAGUUUCCUAAUAUGUAAACCGGAGACAGCAACACCUGUCUCUUGAAGUGGUGAGGUCUGCACAGCACAUAAUUCUGGGCUGGGUGUCUCUCCUUACACAACUCCGCCCUUCCUAGGUCGUAGUAGUUGCCAAAUGCCUGUUGGAGAAAAUAAAUGAUGAAGCUUAGAGGGCUGAGGGAAGUUCCCCGGACCCGGAGCCAGGUGAUCUGUGUUCUAAGCCCAAGCUAGCUGUGCCACCUCGGGCCAGUGCCCUAACCUCUCUGACCCACAGCUCAGAUUCUUUGGUGGAUUCGGGGAACCGGCAAUUUUUGUGUUUGAGAGCAGCCACAAAGAAAGGGAUCUGGGGCUUCCCUGGUGGCGCAGUGGUUGAGAGUCCGCCUGCCG